AUGUAUAACCUCUCCAAGUCAGAUGCCUUUCAAAACCCAGGCUCUGAUCCUGCCUAUGUCCUGGAAAUCACCCCAGUGGCCGGAGGACUGGCAGCCAUCUCAUCAGACCAGAAGCUCACCCUGUUCAACCCACAGCGACUGAGCCAGGGGCCCCUCAAGACAAUACAGACACCGCACGAGAACAUCAGCUGUGCGAGGGCAUUUGACGCAUCAAAUUCCAUCGUCUGCACAGCCGGCUCGAACGGCUCCGUUGCGCUAUGGGAUCUGCGACUGGACGGGUCAAAAGCGCAGGUAGCUGCGCCGACAGGGAGUGACGCGCCCAUUGUCUCCCUCGCAUGCAGCUCAUCCAGCAACACCAUAGCAGCCGGCACAGAAUACGCGAACCACCAGGCCUCGAUCCUCAUCUGGGACGCCCGCAGCGGCUCGGCUCCCCGGAUACGCUACAACGAAGUCCACAGCGACGACGUGACAGAGCUGAACUUCCACCCCACGACGCCGCAAAUGCUUCUCUCGGGCUCGACCGACGGGCUCGUCAACGUGUGCGACACGGCGAUCGCGGACGAGGACGACGUCGUCGUGCAGGCCUUCAACCACGGCUCCGUGCACCACGCCGGCUUCCUGAACGCCACCGAGGUCUACGCCGUCAGCCACGACGAGAAGUUCGCCCUGUACGACGUGUCCGAGAGCCGCGAGGGCGGCGAUGCCACCUGGGCCGUCGGCGACAUCCGCGCCGCCCUCGGGUGCCAGUACGUCGCCAACAUCAACCCCAAGCUGGGCGACAUGGGCGCUGUCAUAGGUGCAGGCUCGCAGGACCAACAGCUCUUCCAGCUGGUACACAUGGCCAAGUCGCCGGCCUGGGGCUUUAGCGCCGACACGAGCGUCGGACUCCCCGGUGCUCACGGGUCGGAGCUGGUGCGGAGCUUCUGCUUCUUCGACCAGGAGCAGGUUGUCUUCACGGCGGGCGAGGACGGCCAGAUCAUAGCGUGGAGGCCUAAUUGA